UUUUCCAAACGCCUACGUCAGUCGAGUAAGUUGGAGCGAGUGUUCGAUCCUCGUGGCUGAGAGAAACCUGGUCGUCUAGCCUCGUUGCUGUUGUCAAAAGAAUGUCAGGGAAGUCUAAGGCGUUCACUAAGGAGGAGGAGCUGCUGCUGCAGGACUUCUCCAGGAACGUAUCGACGAAAUCGUCGGCGUUGUUCUACGGCAAUGCCUUCAUCGUUUCGGCAAUACCAAUCUGGUUGUUUUGGAGAAUACACUUGAUCGAUCUAUACUCCAAUCUGAUCUCUUUCGUACUGGUUACAUUGGCAAGCACAUACGCCCUUGCCUUGGCGUACAAAAAUACAAAAUUUAUCCUCAAACACAAGAUUGCCGUAAAGAGGGAAGAUGCAGUAACUAAGGAAAUAAGCCGCAAACUUGCAGAAGAUAAGAAAAUGAGCAAGAAAGAAAAGGACGAAAGGAUUUUGUGGAAGAAGAAUGAAGUGGCUGAUUAUGAAGCGACAACAUUCUCAAUUUUCUACAAUAACGCCCUUUUCCUAGCAUUUGUCAUCGUAUCUUCGUUUUACGUUCUAAAAACAUUCACGCCUGCAGUGAACUAUAUACUCUCCGUAGGCGCUACCAGUGCAUUCCUAGCAUUGUUCUCAACGGGAUCUCAAUAAUAUAUGCUAUGAACCCAUGUAUGCUGUUAACUAAUUUCAUAAGACCUCCAUCUGUUUGAUUUAUCUUUUGAUAUGAAACGAUAUCGUAGGUAAUAAACGCAUGUCUAUUUAUAAUAAA